AAAACGCUCCUGUUGGCCAGACCAUCCUCAUCGAACUAUCUCAUCUCCACACCUCGCUGAUUCAUCAUCCACAAUCAUCAACAUCAUCAAACCACUUCAUCACAAAUACUCACGCGUCCACUUUCCAGCUUCCCGCUUUUUGACAGUUCACUUGUCAUUGGACGAUCGGUCUCGCUCGGUUCCGCUCUCACAUCUCACGCUAACCCAUACCAACAUUCACCAUGUUGCGCUUCUUGUGCCUUCCCGGUGCCUACGGCAGCUCGGACAAAUUCCAAGUUCAACUUGCCCCCAUCUUGAAGGAGCUUACUGAGGAUGGCACGGCUCAGUUCCAUUUCAUCCAUGGACCUUGCAAGGCCGUUCCACCUCCGGGCUUUGAGGACUACUUCGGAGCUCCCCCCUACUACCGCUUCAUCGAGCCCGAUAGGGAUGUCGAGAAGUCCCACAGCGACGAUGUGCUCAUGCGCAUUCGUGACUUCCCUGACUGCGAGACCCCCGAAGACACGAUGAGAGAGCUCAUGAGAGAGGGCAUCGCAACCACCCACCGCAGUACCGACAGAGCCAUUAAGUUCCUGGCCGACAUUGUUGCGAAGCGCGGCCCCUUUGACGGCAUCAUCGGCUACUCCGAGGGCGCCACCGUGGCAUCCACCUUUAUGCUUUACGAGCAGCGCCGCCUCAAGCGCUCCGGCAUCAAGCCGGCGUUCAAGUACGGCAUCUUCUUUGCUGGCUGGCCUCCGGUCGACCCCAAGACUCACGCCCUGGUCCUCUCCGACGAGAGCGAGGAGCGCAUCGAGGCCCGCACCUUGCACAUCAUCGGAUCCUUGGAUCCUUAUGUUGAUGGCUCUAUGGCUCUUUACAACAUGUGCGAUCCUGACACCGCGUACCUUUUCGACCAUGCUAAGGGCCAUACCCUACCCCGUGACAAGGAUACCAUCAAGGAGCUUGGCGACAUCAUCCGCGAGACCCAGGCUGACAUGCAAGAAGAGGGUCUGCUGUCGUAAGGAUGGAGUGUGGGGAAAGGGUGAUCCCAGCCGAGGGAAUGUCCCCGGAU